UAAACGUAAUUCCCAUUCCCAAAUCAAAAAUUGUCGACCUGCUUUUAUUACCGCGCUGAGUUAAAAGCUUUUAUAUAUCAAGCUAUAAAUCGUGAUGUGUGGCUAAUUAAGCUCAGAAUAUGGAAGAAGAAAAAAAAGCUGAAUCUGACCAAGAAGGCCAAUCAAAGAAUUCUGAAUUAGAACCAAUCUCCUUAAAGAGAAAAUCCACAGAUUUGGAUCUGGAUGUAGCAUCAAAAAGAGAGAAGACAGACGUGGAAGAUGUAACUCAAGUUAAAGAAGACGUCAAAGAUGAUGUUGAAGCUAUGGAUAUUGAAGAUAAUUCUGUCGCAGAAGAAACAAAAUCUGGAACUUCUACUCCAGCGAUACAAGUUCCUGACGCCUCUAGUGAAUUAGUCAAAUCAGAAAAUAUUUCCGACGAGAAAUUACGUUUAGAUUGUGAAGAAAUAUCUGAUAAAAAAGCAAAGGAAAAUAAUGAACCAAAAGAUUCGGAACAAAAAGAUCAGGUAAAAGGUUUAGAACAAAAGGAUGAACCAAAAGAUUUAGAAGAAAAAGAUCAACUAAAAGAUGCAGAGAAGGUAGAUGAUAAAAAAGAUGCAGAACUGAAAGAUCUACCUGAAGAUCAACCAAAAGAGGAAAUGGUAGAAGAUCUGAGCAAAAGCAAAACGAUUAAAGAUGAUCUUUUGAAGCCUGAGCUCCCAUGUACUCCUCCUACGCUCCCAGAUGAAGAUGUUGAGUUUAAAGCAAAGGUGGAAGAGCCUGCUGUGGAAGAAAUGGCAGUUGAUCUUUGUAAAACAGUUGGAACGGUGAUUGUUCUCAGUGAUGAUGAAAACGGGAAGGAAAAUGUGACGGAAGAUGAUGAAAUCGAAAAGAUUAAAAAGCUACGAAACGAACAACGAGAAAAUAUUCGAAAAUUAAAAGCUGAACUUCAUAAAGAGGAAGCUCAUCUUACUUUGAUUAAAAGACUUCGACAAAAUCAGAUGUCAAAGCCAAAGGCUAUCAAUACAUCAUCUAAUUCACCAGCACUGCACGAAAAACAACGACCUUCGCAUCACCAGAACAUAAAACCACAAUCUCCUGCUCCAAAUAUUUCAUCAAAUAAAUCAUCUCAACUGAAAUCCACGAUGAGUAAAUCAUACAACCAGUCAUCCAGUCAUAACAAGACUUCAUCAGCUCAAGCCCAAGCAAACAGGAAUGCUAUGGCAGCGAUGCUACAGAUGCCCCAGCUUGUUGCUGCUGCAGGUGGAACGCAGAAUGCUGCAGCCUUAUUGAGAGCCCAUCCUUCCUUAAAUCUACAGAAUGCAGCCCAGUUAUUACUUGGUCAAAGUCCUGGUGAUCUGAGUAAGAUGCAACAACUUUUACAACAACAACAAAAAGCGAUACAAGCACAAAGUCGACCGCAACCUACACUAAAGCAGCAACAGGCCUCCGCAAAAUUAGCGCUCCGGAAGCAACUUGAGAAGACCCUACUUGAGAUUCCUCCUCCUAAGCCUCCUCCGCCGGAGAUCAACUUCCUUCCUAGUGCAGCAAGCAAUGAGUUUAUUUGUCUCGUUGGAUUGGAAGAGGUUGUAAGCAAAAUUCAACAACUUCAAACAAAGUCAAGCAACAAAGCUAACGAAGCCACACUUCCCCCAUUCAGCUGCAUGCAAUGUGAAAAAGACUUCAGUCCUUUAUGGAAGAUAAAUGCAGAAGGAAAUUGUGUAAUGUGCCUGCAGUGUGUGAUGUCAAAUCAGAAGCGAGCAUUAAAAGCUGAACACACUAACCGUCUUAAAACUGCAUUCGUUAAGGCGCUUCAACAAGAACAAGAAAUUGAACAAAAAAUGCAGAAACAGCAAUCCGCAGAAAAAAUAAGCUCUAGUAACGACUCUCUCGAGGCAGCUGUAGCAGCCGCUGCAAACCAACUUCAAAAACAACAACAUCUCAAGAAAAUGCAGGAAGAGCAGCUUAGACAGCACCAGCAGCUGCUUCAGCGUGCACAACAACAGUUACAACAAAGAAGUUUUGGUAAUUUCCGGCCAACAGCUCAGCAAAUACGGAAUGCAAUGCCACAAGUUCAGUUUGGGUAUAACCAGUCUAGCAGUAAGCAUUCAAAAAAUGUUGAUCGUCAGUUCUUGUUAGACAUGAUGCCUAACAGAGGCAAUUCCUCUAAAUCACAAUCUGGCAAUUGGAAAUGAAAAAAAAAACAAGUUUUAGUAAGAGUUUGGUGCGUCAAAAAACACAAAUUUUUUAUGUGGAUUUGAUGUUCUUGUACACCCAGUUGAAGUGGAGAUUUCUUGUGUUGUUUUGUCCUGGAACUAGGCAAUAUUGUACAUAUAUAUAUCAUGAGUACACCACAGUAAUCACAAUAAUGGAAGCAUGCAAUUAUAAAUCUAAUAUCUUUUGGUUUUAAAUAAUUUACCAGCCUAACUAUUCUAAGCUGUCAAACAGAUACAACAACAUGAGGAAACUGAUUUUCGUUUGUAUUACACCGCGAAAUACAAAAUAACAGUCACAUUUUCAGUUUAUUCGUAAAAUUCAACCUGUAUAACUUGAAAUAAACUGAAUUUAACAAAAUAA